AGUAUCACCAUUGGACGAGGUUUCGUCGUCACAACCAGUCCACUCCUUUGCUCCUACAGCUCUCAAACGCCGCAUCUCGUCGAAAUGGCGCCCGAGGAGGCCUUUGAAGGCCCCUAUCAGCCGAAGGAUGCCUACGGCAGCGCCGUGAAGUUCGCGACCAUCACCGGCGGAGCAGGCGCCUUCAUCUCAACAGUUCAGAAUACCUUGAUGAAGCAGAACAUUGGAGCUAUGGGUGUAUUUACACGUUUUGGCAGCACCACCGCUGUUUUUGCGGCCAUGGGGGGUGUUUACGAGUUCGCCAAAUGCGCUUCAGCCAACUUGCGAGAGAAGGAGGACACGUACAAUUCGACGAUUGGUGGUUUCCUGGCGGGUUCAGUAAUCGGUCUAAGAGUCCGUUCGGCGCCCGCUAUCGUGGGAUAUGGUGCCGCUACCGCGAUCGUGCUCAGCGCGUUCUCAUACACUGGUGGUCGGCUCGGUGGCUUGGCCCGCGACAAGGAUGUUGAUGAAGUCAGCCGCAAAGAAGAGAUCCGAAAGAAUCGGCGACGACCGUUGGAGGAGACCAUCAAUGAGUUGGGAGAGGGACGAGGUAUUUACGCCCCUGGAUAUGCUCAACGGAGAGCUGAGCGUAUCAAGGAGAACUACGGUAUCGAUGUGCCGGAACACUCCAAACUUAGCUCAACGCCGAACUAGAAGCCACCUCGACCGCAAAGGUCACUGUACAUAUAUUUUAUGUGUGGAUCAUGAAUUGUCUAUUGACAUCCAAACUGCACCGAUGCAUGUCUGAUGUAACUCACAUCGCCCCCCUUUGCCUCGCAGCCUUCCCGACUUCUAGUCCAGAAAGCGAGGCUUGAACGUUGCGCGAUGUGAUAUCCAGUCAGGAAAGCCGUCGUCGAAGGUUCUCUGGGACACAAUGGAGAACGUAGUAGAGCAUAUGCCUUGGUCGCUUGAUAUGUUAACCGCCAGCUCUGUGAAGUCUGCUCUCAAACGUGAACGUGUAACCACAGGGUGACGUCGCGCAAUUUUGACUGCGGGCCUACUUAUUCUUCGAGGCAAGGGCUUAUUGAGAGCUUCAGGAAUCCUCGGAUAUGAUGCCUCACCAUCGAGUUGAGCGGUAAAAUGAUGAGUAAAGGAGCUGCUAACGGAGAAGAGGCUCGGG